AUGAUUGACCUUGAUAGACCAUCGAAUUGUGAUGAAUGUAAAAAGUAUAGUAAUGGUUUAUGCCCAUCGGGCUGCCAAUCAUAUAUCGAUAAUCGAGAGGUACCGUAUUAUCUAUUGGUUAAACAGUCAGAUCAUGCCAAACAUACCGUACCGAUUGGAAUAAUUGUAACAACAAGCGGAAUACCUGAUGCUGGUCUCGGUACAUUUGCAUUAAAAAAAUUUAAGAAAAAUACAUUUUUUGGACCGUAUACAGGUGUGAAACAUCGUUCAAAUGACAGAGCAAAUGAUUCUGGUUAUGCGUGGACAAUUGAAGAUAUUGAGGGAAAUGUUUAUAACUACGUUGAUGCCAAUGAUCCACGACGAUCGAAUUGGUUGCGAUACGUUAAUUGUCCAAAUAAACAAGAAAAUGAAAAUUUAAUGGCUGUUCAAUUUAAUGGAGAACUGUAUUAUAAAACAUUAAGAGACAUCGAGGCUGGAGAAGAAUUAUUUGUUUAUUAUGGAGAAGAAUAUGCAAAAGCGUUGGGAAUAAAACCAUUUGAAUAUCCUGCAGAAUCAGAGCAAGAUUCUGCUCCUAUAAUUCCACCACCUAUGUCUAUAUCAUCUUUCAGUCGUAAACGUUCUACAACGUCUCAAAAAUCAUAUUCAAAUAAAAAACGUAAAACUAAACCAACAGAAUUAGGAAUACGUGAAAAACAACAGCAAAGAGUUUACUAA